AGACAUCUAUAAAAUAUACACACUCAUAUAUGUGUGCAUUUUUUUUAAUUGCCUGUGAUAGGAGUUGCAAAGUAUUUUUUUCACCCAGUUUGCCAUUUCUCUUGAUUUAAUUUAGGGGAUUUGGAGCUUUUUGGUGGUUUUCCAUGGGAAACAUACUUAAGUAGUAAAAUUCCAGUGCAUGUCUUUUGUGGCUCCUUGGUUUAGAAUCGUAACUACAGAGGCUUCUUCCUUCGCAGUCGUACAAAAGAGAGACUUCUGUGGUUUCUCCUGUGCUGUUACAGUCUCAUUUCUCAAAUUGAAAUCUGAUGCAUUUGAAGUUUAUCUGGGAAUAAAGUGAGAGGUAGGGAACGUAUUUAAUCACGUGGCAUUUGUAAUUUUAAUGUGUGGUAAAAUCGAUCUUUCUCUUGUUACCUUAAAAAAAAUUUUUUUCUUAUUUUUGUUUAUUGCUUUUCUCAUAGGAAGUUUAGAAUCAGAUUGUCCAGUUCUGUGAAGAAAAUAUUUCUGCAACUUGAGUGGGGUCACCCUAGACUUACGAGGGAAAGUGUCCGUCUUUAUGGUAUUGUCAUAAAGAUGACAAUACACCUUGUCAAUACACCGUAAAGAUGACAUCCAUACACCUUGUCAUCCAUUCAGGCAUUUUGGGGGGCUCCUUGCCACUGUAAUGCAUCCUUAGAGAUUUAGUGGCGUCUUGAGUCUGUUUUGAGGUGUGGUCUUUUUAUUGAUUUUGUUACCUCUCGUUGUCUUGCUGCGUCUUGAACUCAUUUCUCUGCUUUAUGUCCUUAUUUGAGAGAGUUUAAAAAUUCAUGGCGCUCUACCUGGUCAUAAACAUCGUGUGCUCAGUAGAGGCGUGUCUAGCGGUUAUUGGUGUUUUCUGUCCUGUCCUCUUUCCGUUUGACUCUCGGUUCCUUGUCUGCUGGUUCCUCCCCUAUUGUGACUCCUCUGGACUGAAGCACAUGCUUCCUGGCCCAGCUUUUACAGGAGCUCCGUGUCAGGGAGGGCCAGAGCCGUGUUCCAGGUGACAGGGACCAUCCCUUGGACACAGGCCUGUCCUUGCCGGCCCACUGCCAGGCUGCCCCCUCCAGAGACAGCUCAGCUGUGCUUCCUGGGCACCCGGACUUCUGACAUCUGGGAACAUGGUGCCCAGCCAGGGCCAGGGACACUCCUGCCUCCAGACAGGAGCCCAGGUGUGACGCCAACUUUGGAGACGUCUGCGGGCUUUGGCUAAGCUUGCCUUAUGGCCCCCUGUUUUUUUCCUCAUACAGUUUCUCAAACUGAGAUAUUCACAUAGGAUUCAUUCUUUCAAAGUGUACAAAUCAGUGGUUAUGGUACAUCACAGUGCUGUGCAGUCAUUGCCACUACCUGAUACCAGGACGUUUUCGUCUCUCUGAGAAGGAAACCCCUAGCUCACUGGCAGCCACUCCCUGUCCCCACUCCAGCCCCAGGACCACCGUCCCACCUCCCGGGCCUGUGGGUGACCUGUCCUGGACGUUCCACGCGCACAGAGCCAUCCGGCGUGUGCUCUCUCAGGUCUGGCUGCUUUCACAGAGCUUCCUGUUUUCACGGUUCAUCACGUUGUCACGUCGUGUGUCUUUUUAUUGCCAAAUAAUGUUUCGUUGUAUAGAUAAACCACAUUUUGGUCAUCCAUUCAUCAGAUGAUGGCCUUGGAAUUGCUUCCACUUUUGGGUUGUUACCAAUACAGCCAGCCAUUCACGUGUGAGUUUUUGGGUAGACAUACGUUUUCAGUUCUUUGGGGUCUGUACCUGGGAGUGGAGUUGUUAGCUCACGUGGUUAUCUGUUUGUCAUUUUUCUUUUAAAUUUUGGCCGUGCGGCCUUGUGGAUCUCAGUUCCCCGACCAGGGGUUGAACCCGUGCCUCAGCUGUGUGAGCACAGAGUCCUAACCACUGGGCCACCAGGGAGCUGCCUGUUUGUCUUUCUGGGGAAGCGCCGGAUGGCUUCUCUAAUGGCCGCACCAUCUUACAGCCUGCGCCCUGCUCCAGGCAGCGUCAGAGGGCUCCAGGUGCCCUGCCCCUUGGCCCUCUGCAGUUCUGGGCUCGGGCGUGGGAGGGAGCUCCUCCUGCUGGGCCACCUCAGUUCCAUUUGCAGGCUCCCCCUCCCCAGCACCUGGGCGUCCCCUCACGCGCAGUGUGUGUGUGUCUCUGGUUCCUAACGCUUUGGGGUGACUGCCGAGGGCGCAGCCUGCCAUCUGGGUGGAGCCACUUAGUUUGAGACUUAGGUAUGGGGGGGGCUUCUUUGUUAUGUUUUUUACAUAACUUUAGUUUGCCAGGGACACGGUUUCACUCUUUAACUCAUAGUAAGUGACAGAUAAAAUUGUUUUUCAUUUCGUGCCUUCUGUUUUUGUUUUUGCGGUACACCGGCUUCUCACCGUUGGCCUUUUGUUUUUAAUGUAGGAAAGAGUUGAUAGCUCAGCUGAAUACAGGGGGGAAGGUGGUAGACGGGCUCAUUCUUCUAAAACAUCAAAAAAGCCCCCAGCACAAAUGUUAAAAAAUAAAUAAGCGUUUGCCAUUUUUGCCACACGUCAAAAGAACUUAUUUCUAUGUAUUUCAAGAGACAGCCUUUUAGAGUUGGGUCAGCUGGCACCUGGCCCUGUGCUGGGCCAAGGGGAGGCGCCCAGCCUCAGGCGGGAAUGCCACAGCCUUGACGCUUCGACCUCGGCUGCGCGUGCGCCUGGGGGGGAUGCGGGGCUCAGCCAGGCAUUCUGUCUGGACCACCGCUGGAGGCAGGCGGGCCGGGGCUUCCGGGGCAGAUGAAGGGUGCCCUCACAGAGAUCAUCCAGCUCGCCACCCUGGACUCAGACCCCUGGGUUCUCAUGGUGGCCGACAUUCUGAAGUCCUUUCCUGACACCGGAUCUCUUAACCUUGACCUCGAAGAGCAGAAUCCCAACGUUCAAGAUAUUUUAGGAGAACUUAGAGAAAAGGUGAACGAGUGUGAGGCGUCGGCCAUGCUGCCGCUGGAGUGCCAGUACUUGAAUAAAAACGCCCUGACGACCCUCGCUGGGCCCCUCACUCCCCCAGUGAAACAUUUUCAGUUGAAAAGGAAGCCGAAGAGUGCCACGCUGAGGGCCGAGCUCCUGCAGAAAUCCACCGAGACCGCCCAGCAGCUGAAGAGGAGUGCGGGGGUGCCCUUCCAUGCCAAGGGCCGGGGGCUGCUGCGGAAGAUGGACACCACGACCCCGCUCAAAGGCAUCCCGAAGCAGGCGCCCUUCCGAAGCCCCACCGCCCCCAGCGUCUUCAGCCCCGCGGGGAACCGCACUGCCAUCCCGCCGUCGAGGACGCCCCUGCGGAAGGAGAGGGGCGUGAAGCUCCUCGACAUCUCCGAGCUGGAUAUGGUCGGGGCCGGCCGGGAGGCCAAGAGGAGGAGGAAGACCCUGGACGCGGAGGCAGUGGAGAAGCCAGCCAAGGAAGAGACGGUCGUGGAGAACGCCACCCCCGACUACGCGGCCGGCCUGGUGUCCACACAGAAACUCGGGUCUCUGAACAACGAGCCUGCGCUGCCAUCCACGAGCUACCUGCCGGCUACGCCCAGUGUGGUCCCUGCCUCAUCCUACAUCCCCAGCUCCGAGGCCCCGCCAGCCCCGCCUGCCCGGGAAGCCAGCCUGCAGGCCAGCCGGCCCCCCGAGGAGCCCAGCGCCCCCAGCCCCGCGCUGCCGGCACAGUUCAAGCAGAGGGCGCCCCUGUACAACAGCGGCCUCAGCCCUGCAGCGCCCACACCCGCGGCGCCCACCUCGCCCCUGACGCCCACCACGCCCCCAGCCGUCGCCCCCGCCACCCAGACGCCUCCGGUGGCCAUGGUGGCCCCCCAGGCCCAGGCCCAGCCCCCCGCCCAGCAGCAGCCCAAGAAGAACCUGUCGCUCACGAGAGAGCAGAUGUUUGCCGCGCAGGAGAUGUUCAAGACGGCCAACAAGGUCACACGGCCCGAGAAGGCCCUCAUCCUGGGCUUCAUGGCUGGCUCCCGAGAGAACCCGUGCCAGGAGCAGGGCGACGUGAUCCAGAUCAAGCUGAGCGAGCACACGGAGGACCUGCCCAAGUCGGACGGCCAGGGCAGCACCACCAUGCUGGUGGACACGGUCUUCGAGAUGAACUACGCCACGGGCCAGUGGACGCGCUUCAAGAAGUACAAGCCCAUGGCCAACGCGUCCUAGGGCCGCCGCCGUGCCACCGAGGCCCAGCCCGCUUGAGCUUUGGGUUCAGUUUCUCUGGGGUGUUUUGGACUUAUUUUCUAAAUUUUAAUAUGAGUCCCUUUUGUGUGAUUUAAGACACUUUUUUGCAUUCAGUGUUACAGUUCUGAAUGUUAAACUUAGCCCCGAAAGGUGUAACUUCCUAAUCUUGGCACCAGCUCUGCCUGUUAGACUUCCGUCUUUUCUCAGUUUUUCUUCAGUCCCACUGACCGCGAGAGAGGGCCUUUCUUGCUCGUGCAGCCCCUCUCCCCGCCCAUGCGGCUGAGGGACCAAAGGUGGCGCCUGGUGUGUCUGAGAACGGGGCGGGGACGGCCGCCAGUGCCCAGGGAUGGGGGAUGCCAGGACACGCUCACCACCCACAGGUUUUGUAUUUGUCUUUUGUACCGUUGUGAGCAUUUAAGACCAGUCCUUGGGUACCUGUUUUCAUUGUAAAAACUCCCUAAUUAAAGUUUAGCUUUUCUAAAGAAAAAGCACCAGA